UUCACUCAAAACGUAAUGGAAACAGAAGUGCUCUAUGAUUUGUCUCCAUUCGUGAAGAUUUACAACGAUGGCCGAGUGGAGAGACUGUGGGGGACAGAGACCGUACCUCCGUCGCUGGACGAGAAAACCGGCGUCCAAUCGAAAGAUGUCACCCUUUCAUCGGACUCCGCUGUCUCGGCACGACUGUACAUCCCGGAAGCAGCGAUCGAUUCUCCCCAAAAACUGCCUGUGCUCGUGUACUAUCACGGAGGAUGCUUCAUAUUCGAAACAGCGUGGUCGCCGACUUACCACAACUAUCUCAAUGCCAUAGUCGCAGAGGCCAACAUCAUCGCCGUCUCCAUUGAGUACAGGAGGGCGCCGGAGGAUCCUCUUCCAGCGGCUUAUGACGAUUCGUGGACUGCCCUCAAGUGGGUGGCCUCUCAUUCCACCGGAAACGGCCCCGAGGAGUGGCUGAAUUCUCAUGCUUGUCUCGAGAAGGUGUUUCUGGCCGGUGAUAGCGCCGGUGCUAACAUAGUCCACAACUUGGGCAUCCGAUCGGGAGAGGAAAAGCUUAAUGGAAUCGAAGUUGCAGGCGUUAUGAAGGUGCAUCCUUAUUUCUGGGGCAAGGAACCAUUGCCUUCGGAGACCACGGAACUGGAGAAGAGGUCCUUCUACGAAAUGCUCUGGCAGGCGGCAAACCCCACGACCACCGGGUGCGACGACCCACUAAUGAACCCCAUGAUGGACUCGAGGCUCUCGGGCUUGGGUUGGAACAAGAUCCUGGUUUGUGUUGCUGGAAAGGAUGUAUUGAAAUACAGAGGAUGGUAUUACAAGGAGGCGUUGAGUCAGAGUGGAUGGAGUGGAGUAGUGGAAGGGAUAGAAACUCCAGGGGAGGAUCAUGUCUUCCAUUUGUUGAAUCCUGGUUGUGAUAAUGCUGCGAAGUUGAUGAAGAAAUUGGUCUCCUUCGUGAAUGAGGAUAUAUAGGGUUAGACUAUAUGGUGUUAGUAACUUCCUUUGGCGGGCUAAUCCUUAGUUAUU